ACAAACGAGUUCUAAUGGCUAGCAGAAAGCUGGUCCGAGACUUAUUCCUUCCAAAUCGCUCCUUUUGUAUUCAGAUAUUAACAUCUCAACAGGUUCCAAGUUCAGGCAUAGGGCUAAAAUUCCUUCCUGCUAAUGGGUAUUGGGGUAAUCGUCGUCAAUUCAAUGUCUUUAAUUUGUUCUUCAAAAAAGAUGAAGGCGGAGCUAACAGGUAUAAGGAAUUACUUCGGUCAGUCAAGGAACUUGAGGUGAAAGUAGAUAAGUUAAAAGGACUGACAGAUGCUCUGGAUUAUCAAAAUUUGGAUUUCCAACAGUCAAUCAUUGAACAACUGAAGGAGAAAGCAGUGGAGACAGAACCAAUAAUAGAACUUUUAGUAGAUAUGAAAGAAAGAACCAAGCAGAUACUUGAGCAGUUGGACAAACUGAAGGCGGAGGAUGCUGAAGCUAUGGCAAAGAAGGUCUGAUCCAAAUUUCUCCAUAUUGAUGCUGUUCUCGCUGUGACUUUUUACAGUUUUGAACUUAUGGAUUAGAUCGAAUUCUUUUUAACAAAUUAAGAUAACUCGUGCUUUAAUUUUCUGCCCUGUCAUGGUUCUAAUUCUCCACCCAUAUGGGAAUUUAUGGUGUUUCUAUAGAAGGCUAUAGUUUAUAUAUCUCGAGCCUGAAAAUUAUGCCUCCAUGCUUUGAUUUGUUAGUUUGUGACUGAUUUUGCAUUAGAAAAAAUGUAGGUUUGAGUCUGCCUUGCAUUUGUACCAGCAUAUAACUUUUUUUUGACUUUGUUGAUAUGUUAUAUUUGUGGUUUGGUAAGUAGAAAGUUAGUCGUUCGAGUUAGCCCAGUGAUCAGAAAGAAGAACCUUGUACUUUGCUAA